AUGGCAAGCGAGCGUUCACUGGCAGACUACGAGGAAGGUGACAAAGCAGAACAGCGACAGAUCUCAUUCAUCUUCAGCUGUCCUGUCCUGCCAACAGGUUCAGAAUUCUCGUCCAGUGCUUUACAGUUUGCUCAUUCAGCUCAACCAUACAGCGACUCCAGCCUGCCAAACAGUUGCCCACCACUUUCAUGGCUGUCAGAUGACGAUAAAUUACGAAGCUGUCGUUGGUGUUUUUCAACAAAACAGCAAUGUUUUUUAUCCCAUUCGGCUAUAAUAGGUGGGAAUGAAUUUUACCAAAGUCGCCUUUAUCAGUUCCUGACGCCUGCUGUUGGAUUGAAUCCUCAGUGGGUGCUGUGUUACCGCGCUUCCACUCACGGUUGGGCUGUCAGUACCUUUCACAGCAGGUGUGAUGGGAGACGUGACACGGUUACUAUCAUCAAAAAAGAUACCAGUGAAACCCUUGGUUCCACUUCCAAUGCGUUCAUAUUUUCGCUCCGCAACAACGAGGAUCUAGGACCAUUUAAGAGCAAUGUGACAAACCCAUCACGUGCAAUUUACAGGGGCUCAGGUUAUGGUCCAACCUUUGGUUGGGGGCUUGACAUCCACAUCGCUGACAAUGCCAACAGUAACACUAAUUCCUACUCAAACUUUGGUGAAUACAACGACUACUCUGUUCCAAGUGGAGUACAAGAAGAGGAUACAAUCCUGGCUGGGACUCCUCACUUCACACCUGAUGAGGUGGAGGUGUUUUAUCUUGGUUGA